AUGAUUAGACAUGGCCUUUUUGAUGCCACAGCGACACUGGUGCCAUCAGCGGAUGUACUGAAGGCCAUGCAUGCAUUAUAUUGGCGUGGUGGUUUCCUUGGUACCUGCGUUGCGGUGUUGCCACGUGUUUUGGUGACAGCAGGCCAUCACUUUAACGCAGUCAAGGAUGACGUUGGCGAUUUUACCAUUCGACAACCGGAUAUGACAGAGGCUCACGUUGAACAUGCGUUGAAGAAUGGAGCCAAUGACAUUCUUGUUCUGUGGGUCGAUAGGGAACUGGAACAUAUUCCUCUGCGCGGUUUUCUUCCUCCAAUACAGGCGCGUGUGGCCACCGUGUGGCUCUCGACAAAGUGGCCGCACGAGACAAUUGUGUCGCCAGGGGUCGUGGUUGAAAGCGGGUUGCUUAACUGCGUGGCACGCGGAACCGUCAGCACCAGCGGCUCCAGUGGUGCGCCUGUGAUUGAUCACUUUGGGGAUCACGUUGUGGGUAUGCAUCUCACGUCUAACACUCGCGAUGGUUCUCGGGUGUCUGGUUUUAUUCCAGCGCGUAAGAUUAUUUCUGUUCUUGCCGAAAUGGGUGUCAGCUGCCGUGCGCUCUAA